AUGUCUUCGAACCAGCCAUCGCAAGCUUCUACUGUCCCUGCAGCUAUUUCAACUGAUACUAAUCUCGAAGCUGUCAUUGGCGGCAUUGGCUACAGUCUUCCCUCCUCGGAUGAAGAUGCAACCGAAGUAAUGCUGCUUGACGGUUCCAUUGCACAGCUCUUUGCCGGCAAGAUUAUUAUCGGAGAUCAGACUGUGACCUUACCUUCGGACUUGAGCAGCGAGACCACGUUCCCUGGGGGUAUCAGCGCCAAGCCCGCCGAAGCCACAACACCUGAUGAGAACGACGAUGACAACGACGACGACGGCGGUGGUGGUGGUGGGGUCGGUGCCCUUUUCGGUGCCCUUGGCGGCAUUGCAAAAGGUGCGACAUCCGCGCUCGGCGGAGCUAUCGGCAGUGUGGAUGCCGUCACGUCAGGUGCCCUGACAUUUGCCGGAGGGACAACUGGUGCUAUCUCCGGUCCACUUACAGGAGCCAUUGGUGACACAGGCAAGUUUGUUUCCUCCUUGAACGGCAUCCAAAAGUCGUUCCCCGGAAACGAGCUCACGAAAGGUGCUUUCGACACCUUUACCCGUGCCCACCAACUCGCUCGACAGUCUCUGAAUUGGAUGAAGUCGACGCAGAACUUAGCUCAGAACUUCGAUGACUUAUCAUCCGACGUCCAAUCCAAAGUCAAGUCAGGCGCGGGCGAGUUUGCAAAGGUUGGUGGUACUUUAGCUCAGUGCAAAACUGCCAUGGAGGCCUUCCAGGACUUUCCUUGGGAAGACGCUGAAGUACCAAGUCAGACAGGGCAACCUAGUGCGACAUACAAGCCUACCGACACAGCCUCGAUGCAGAGUACCAAGAGAACUUCUACCGCGCAGACCACUUCUAUGCAGUCAACUACGGACAUGACUUCCACGACACAGAGCGCGAGCUCUACUGUUACUACGAGCCAAACAUCGUCGUCCAGUAGUGAGACGCCGACACCCACCGCUAGUCUGAACCACUAUGCAAUCAUCAGCAAGCCUGGAACAUCUUACGACGUGUUCAAACAUUUCAUCAAUGAGCUUGAUGGUGGAGCCGGGGAGCUUGCCAAAUGGGACUUGAUUAAGCAGCAGAUGUAUAUCGCCAAACUGAACAUCUCACAGGUGUCAGAAAUACCACAGCAACACACAUUCAUCCAAGCUAUCAUCACGAAUACAUUCGAUGAAGAUGUCGAUGGGAGCUUAGAGGGUUUUCGAGCGGUCGACAGCUCCAAACUUGUCCAAGCUGAGCCAUUUGAACUCUCUAUGUUGGCGAGUCAAGAUGGUUGGUCUCCAACUGCUUCAGAAUCGAAGUCACAUCUGACUCCACGGACGCUGCUACCUCCAGAUUCCGGGGCGCCUUGGUGGAUGAAGAUCAUCUCGGCUCCACCACGUGACAUCAACGUGCCAGACUCUGGUCCUCCAUUCGAUCCCCCUUACCUUGCGGAUGACUCUCUAGGUCGGGGUGUUACAGUAUAUAUUCUAGACGACGGCUUCGAUAUCAGCAAUAUUGUACGUUUAUCAAGUGUGUUUAUAGAGGUUUAUUGA